UUAAGGGUGUUUCAAUCGAAGACUUUCUCAAGUUUAUUGUUAAAGGAAAAUGUCAACCAUAAAUCUUGUUUCAAAUAUUCAAGAAGACGACAUCUCUACAUUGAGAACUUCAAGACUGAUCAACUCCAUUUUAAACGCCAUUUGUUCAUUUCCAGCAGCGUUUGGAAAUGGAAUCAUACUUAUCGUCAUUUGGCGGACGCCAUCUCUUCAUUCACCUUCAAAUACGUUAUUGUUUGGUCUUGCGCUGACGGAUUUUCUCGUCGGUUUGGUUACUCAACCGUUAAAAGUCACUUCUUCUGUGGUAUACCUCGAGUCCGAUGAAGAGGGUCCAAUCACCCUCGCCUUGGCGUUUGAUGUCCUCUCUGUUGUGUCAUCUGGGUCGUCUUUUAUGAUAGCAACUGCGAUAAGUGUAGAUAGGUACCUGGUGUUUUACCUUCAUCUGAGAUAUCAAGCAAUUGUCACCAACAGAAAAGUCGUGGCGAUCAUAAUUUUAUGUUGGUUUUUCUCUGCAUUUUAUGGAUUUAUAUGGAUCCAGAACACUACAGCUUAUUACUUUAUCGGAAUCAUUACCUUCCUAGUCUUGUUUUCAGUCAUUAUUCUGAUGUACUUUAAAAUUUAUCGCGUUGUGAGACGUCACCAGGCCCAGAUUCAAUCUCAAGCUCAAGUCGGAAUCAGAAAAGAAGCGUCAUCGCCAUUACAGUUCGCUCGUUCCACGAAAUCAGCUAUAAACGCGUUUUACAUUUGCUUCAUUCUGCUUCUUUGUUAUUCUCCGUAUAUAUGUGUAGCCAUUGUAGUUCAGUUCACAGGACAAAAUCUCACCAAAUUUGUUGCACUGCAGUACACAGGGACGGUAACGUUCAUAAACUCGUCGCUUAAUCCUGUGGUAUAUUUUUGGCGACUUCCUGAGAUGCGAAGGGCCAUAAAGAGAACCUUUAACUGUUGUUACCUCAGACGAGCACGCGUGCAGCAAGAAGAAAUAGAGUCCGUUGACUUAGCAGGCAUGGAAAGGAGAUUUGCCAGACCUCCAUGAACGAUUUCUGAUUACAAGCGUUUAUUUGUGCCUCUUGCCGAGUAUUCUAUGUGACAUCUAGAAUAUAACUUAGUUUAUUUUUAGACGGGUCGAGACAUGUUCAAGAAAACAUGUCUAAAUUCGGCAGGAUCCUUCCGGUUGUCAAGGAAUUUAGAUUAACUUCUCUUUCUGGUAAUUUAUUCCUUUUUGGGAACUUCUUGAUUUAAAAAUCACCAAGUAAGUAAACAGUCUUUCAAAAUCGAAAUUUUGGGUAAUGAACGCCGCAUUGCGGAGUUUGUCACUCGGUCAAUACAACACAAAGUAACGUCGUCGUGAAAACAAUUCAAGGGUAACGCUCAACGCAUGAAAAAUCUGGGACAUUUUCCUUUCCAUUGCACAUACCCCUCUGUUGAUUUUCGGGCCAUCUUCUCUAUUGUGUGGCGUGCGCUCCGCUUAUUCAUUAAAAAUUCAAGAUUUAGUACCGGUAACAAGUUCCUGAUUUUUCGCGGCAUUCUGGGCGAUGUUUUAAGGAAGAUAACUCUUUUGAGACAUGAUUUUGCAGACUAAGAAUUAGGAUUGACAAUAUAAUGUGGUAUUGCCGUCUCAAAAUCGCAAUUGGUUUAUAUUAUAGAUUUGUGAUAAAGUAAAGUACAUCAGUAUACUUUUAUACUAUUCAAACGAACCGUUUUUCUACUGAAACACUGCUGUUUUGACACAGGCCAGUUGUCCAACAGAAACGUCGAGGUGUGGAUGAAAAUACCAAAAGCUUUUCCAGGUUGUUUGAAAUAAACUCUUGGCUCAUCGUAUAGUCAUAUAUACUCAUAUGAUACAUAACUGUUGAUCGCAUUAAGGCAACUUGAACAGUGAUCAGAUAACUGAAAAAGGAAUUCGGUUUUAUUGCGCAUUCUUUUCCUCUACCACAGCCUUUGUUCAGAGUUUGUGUAUCACGAAGGUAUUAAGGCAAAUACAAUUUUGCAGUUUUUUCCUUUCCUCAGCGAUGAGACAAACAUUUCGAAUUCACAUCCUGUUUUCUCUUUCAUUCUAUCUAAGCAACUGAGGCUUUCGUUCUAAACCUCAGUGAACAACAGAACUUAUCUUUUAA